AUGGGAGAUGCCGAAAGCCGAAAGUCGAUCUGUGCCCUGACGCAAGAUUGCUCACCAAAAUUAUUGUGCUAUGGAACCUCAAAGCGAGCUGUGGCAAUUGAGGUCGGCAGUUUGAAGAGACGACGAAAUGUGUUUCAUUUUGUUAUAAGUGUGGCUAUCUUUAAUCAUAACUCUCUACGAGUAGUCAGCGCACCAAGCAUUAGUGAAUGUCCUUGCCAUUCAUUUCGUGUUUUAGUCAAUUCAAAACUUGAGAGAGCCACAACGUUACGCUGCGACUCUAUACAUAAGUGA